UCCCGCGGGCGGCGCGGAAGCGGCGGCGGCGCGGCCGGGGCAGCCAUGUCGCCAUUGUCUGCGGCGCGGGCGGCCCUGCGGGUCUACGCGGCAGGCGCCGCGGUGAUCCUGGCGCAGCUGCUGCGGCGCUGCCGCGGGGGCUUCGUGGAGCCAGUUUUUCCCCCACAACCUGACCGUGUCGCUAUAGUGACGGGAGGGACAGAUGGCAUCGGCUAUUGCACAGCGAAGCAUCUGGCAAGACUUGGCAUGCAUGUUAUCAUAGCUGGAAAUAAUGACAGCAAAGCCAAACAAGUUGUAAGCAAAAUAAAAGAAGAAACCUUGAACGACAAAGUGGAAUUUUUAUACUGUGACUUGGCUUCCAUGACGUCCAUCCGGCAGUUUGUGCAGAAGUUCAAGGUGAAGAAGAUUCCUCUCCAUGUCCUGAUCAACAAUGCUGGGGUGAUGAUGGUCCCUCAGAGGAAAACCAGAGAUGGAUUCGAAGAACAUUUCGGCCUGAACUACCUGGGGCACUUCCUGCUGACCAACCUUCUCCUGGAUACGCUGAGAGAGUCUGGGUCGCCUGGCCACUGUGCGAGGGUGGUCACCGUCUCCUCUGCCACCCAUUACGUUGCUGAGCUGAACAUGGACGACCUUCAGAGCAGUGCCUGCUACUCACCCCACACAGCCUACGCCCAGAGCAAGCUGGCCCUUGUCCUGUUCACCUAUCACCUCCAGCGGCUGCUGGCGGCUGAGGGAAGCCACGUGACUGCUAACGUGGUGGACCCCGGUGUGGUCAACACGGACCUCUACCAGCAUGUGUUCUGGGGCACCCGUCUGGUGAAGAAGCUUCUCGGCUGGUUGCUUUUCAAGACCCCUGAUGAAGGAGCGUGGACUUCCAUCUACGCAGUGGUCACCCCGGAGCUGGAAGGAAUUGGUGGCCGUUACCUAUACAACGAGAAAGAGACCAAGUCCCUCCACGUCACCUACAACCAGAAACUGCAGCAGCAGCUGUGGUCUAAGAGUUGUGAGAUGACUGGGGUCCUUGAUGUGACCCUGUGAUAUCCUGUCUCAGUUUAGCUGCUGCCCCAAGAAACACAUUGCACCUGCCAAUAGCUUGUGGGUCUGUGAAGACUGCGGUGUUUGAGUUUCUCACAGCCACCUGCCCAAAGGGCUCUGUCCACUAGUUUUGAGACAGCUGCCUCAACCUCUGCAGGACUUCAAGAAGCCAAAGAAACAUUUUGGAGGAUAAUCACCCCAGGUGGUCCUCAGCCAUAAACCUUGUGAUUCCAAAGUGCCCGAUUGUCACAGGUGCCAUAAAUAAUUACAUUUUCCAACAUAAA